UCACCAUUGUGAUUGUUAUUAUUUUAGAUGUAUGUACACAUUCCAAGCAUCUCCAGGAGGCUCAGCCUAUGGGAGAGCAGGCCGCUGCCGCGCAGGGCUUUCUGGGGUUUAUAGUCCUCACGCUCUCCUGCGCAUGCGCUGUGGCCCGAGGCGACUUCAGAGGGACAAGUCGUGGAUGCCAAGGAAUGCAUGACCUUCAAGGACGUGGCUGUGACCUUCACAGAAGAAGAGCUGGCGCAGUUGGACCAGGCUCCGAUGAACCUGUACCAGGAUGUGAUGCUGGAGAACCUCAGAAACCUCAUCUUGGUGGUCAUUACCUCUACAAGAUUCCUGAGAACCACCAUGAUCAAGAAAGGGCUGGCCGAAGGUGUCGUUGCACCGAGCACAUCCGCCCAAUUUCUCUUCCACAGGAUUUCUCUUAUCUGUCCCCUGGGGCCCAGUCCCUGUGUCAGCUUUCCUCUGAGAUUCUGCUGGGAGGGUCUGUGUCAGGCCAUCCCAAGCUGGGACAGUUUUCGCUUUCAGAAACCGGAAGAGACACCCCUGCCCACUCUUCCAGAAGGGAAACACCUGCUUUUAAAUAUGGGGGGAGUGGCCUUCUUGAUGGUCUACGACAUAGUCCUGAGUGGCAAUUAAUCCACCAGCCUUUUGUUGCCACACCUGCCAACACGGGAGCACUUCUUGUAAGAGGUAGCUCAACUCUUUUUCCUAAAGAGUCAAGGUAUUGUUUUUAAGCCCAUUUCCUAGGAAGAGAGGGAAAUUUGGCUCAGUGAACAUGGGAUUCAUCUGUCCAGAGGUUUUGAGAAAAUCAAGCAGGACAGGGUCGGAGGUUGUCCCUCACUUCUAGUUGCCCAUGAAGCAGUUGGCAUCAUAGGCAUUCAUACCUGUGAGCUGCCAAUCAGAAAUGAGGUGUUGCAGAGAAAUCAAAAAAGAAAUCCUGGCGAGAAUUUAUAUGUGAAAAAAUUUACCUCUGUGAUGUAAGAAUGGUCAAUAAAGAAACCUUUAAACAAUUUGCUAUAAAAGGUAGGAGAAGAGCUUCCAAAUGAUUUACAUAGAAUAUAUUUAUGUGGAAUCCACAUAAGUCAAUUUGCGUAUAAUUAUAUAAAUAAUACAUAAUAAUGGGAUGUUAUAUACUGGGCAUGGUGAGACACACAAAGGGCACAAUAACUUUCCAAGGUUCCACGUAUAAGUUGCAGGCACAGGCAACAAAUCUUGUCUCCUGACAAUGUCCCUUCUUUCACGUCACUGUCCUAUGGAACAGGACAAUCUACACAACUGUACUCGAGGGGCUAAAUCAGCAGUGGGGGUUAAAACAGAGAUAAUAUGGUCAGAUGGCCCUGGGAUUGGAGUGAGAUAUGUGUGUAGCCUUUCAGACAGGCUUCGAGAAACAUCCAUUUUUGUUUUCCAUAAGGUUCUCUGUCUUCAUGAAGGUAUGAAUUUCACGGAGAUCCUGCAAUCCAUUUCCUCAACGUUUCCACUUUUAAAUUAGUGCAGAUGACAAACAGCCAUGACUAUGACAAAGAGGAAUGGGAGAUGUGGUAAUGCUGAUGGCCUAGCACCAAGGGAAGAAAGACAAACAGGGGCUGUGGUAGAAGAGGGGGAUCACAUGCUUACCCCUCUAAAAUGGGCUCCAGAAUGAUCAAGAACCACAGCCAAGUCCAUCUGCAUCCUACUUCUGAUUCAAGGGAGUUUCUGGGUGACCAAAGACUGUAUAAGAGGAAAGAAACAUUAUAGAUGGAGAAACCUGGCAUUCAAUCGUGAGGACAGAAGCCACUCUGCAUCCACACGAUGGGGGCUUUCCGUUAGAUCAGCCAUUGGGAGGAUCCUGGGACACAGGGAUGAUGCCACCCGUGAUGUUUGCCUGUAGCACCCGGGCAGGCUCUUAAGAGAACAACAGGAGGCUAUUCUGGGUCUCCAGAACCUCCGUGAACUCCCGCCGACUAUAUGCUGCAGCGGCCAAGUAAGUGAUUCUUGACAAAUGGGUAACAGUAGAAACGGGUCAAAUUUUCAUUAAAGGAUGUGUCCAGGAAGGAAGUUCUAGUUGGGAUGAGUGCAGUAAGUCUUCAGUCCACCCAAAGGCUUUAGGUGUUUUGUUUUUCUUUUCCGAGCAUCACCACUCAAUAGAUACUCUCUGUAUAAACAUCCUAAACUGUGCUCAGGAAUGAAACUUGGGCUAAUUUGUAAGAGCAUCUGUCCUCAUGUUUUCAAACCCGUUAGAUUUUCUAUCCAGGAGACAAGCACUGCAGAAUGGUAUUUGGAUAUUUGGUUAUGGCAAAGACAGUGCUAUGUGUUUAUCAUACUGGUUGUUCCCUUUAGUCCUAAGAAGAUACUCUUCCCCAACAAGGCUUUCGGUUAAGAGUGAGUUCUAGCCAGUGGAGUGUGAGCAAAAGUAGUUUAAGCCACUUUUGAAAGUUUAGCCCUGUCUUAGUUACUUUUUUUGUUGUUGUUGUUGCUGAGACA